UAGUACACACUACACACACACAGGCUUUCUCAAAAGUUGCAUUGCAUGUGAUUGAAAAUUUGAAUCACAGAUGAAAUAAAUUAGUUGUAUUUAUGACCCAUAUAGGUCUAUAAUAUACAAACAUGCAUGUUUCUCUCUAUAAAUAGGGCCUUCUAUGCCAGGUAAAAAUAUGAAGCAAAUCAGACAUAGAAGUACGAUUCUUUUGUUGUGAACACUUUAAAAAUGAGGUCCUUUCAUGUAAGGUUGUUCUGUUUCGUGGCUAUGACUAUGCUCAUGCUUGGAGCACUUCCAUUUUCCUCAGAUGCACAGUUAGAUCCAUCAUUUUACAAAAACACUUGUGCCAAUGUUCAUUCCAUUGUUAGAGAAGUUAUAAGAAACGUUUCAAAAUCUGAUCCAAGAAUGCUUGGUAGUCUCAUGAGGCUCCACUUCCAUGAUUGCUUUGUUCAAGCUCAUGGUCCUGAUUGGAAAGUUCCAUUGGGAAGAAGAGAUAGUUUAACAGCAAACUUUACCCUUGCUAAUCAAAAACUUCCGGCUCCAACCUUCAAUCUUAGUCAACUUAUCUCUACUUUUGCCAAUCAAUCCCUCAACAUAACUGAUCUAGUUGCACUUUCAGGUGCUCACACAAUUGGGAGAGCUCAAUGUAGAUUUUUCAGCAGUCGAUUAUACAAUUUUAGCAACACUGGAAAUCCUGAUCCAACUUUGAACACAACCUAUCUACAAACACUUAGAUCAAUUUGCCCCAAUGGUGGACCAGGGAAUACUCUCACCAAUUUGGACUUAACAACCCCAGACACAUUUGACAACAAAUACUUCUCCAAUCUUCAAUCUCUAAAUGGAUUGCUUCAGAGUGAUCAAGAACUUUUCUCUACAGUUGGUGCAUCUACACUUAGCAUUGUGAACAGUUUCAGCAGUAACCAAACUCUUUUCUUUGAAGCAUUUAAGGCAUCAAUGAUUAAGAUGGGUAAUAUUGGAGUUCUAACUGGCUCUCAAGGUGAAAUCAGAAAGCAAUGUAACUUUGUUAAUGGAAAUUCUGGAUUGGCUACUUUUGCUACUAGAGUAGAAUCAUCAGAACAACAGGGUGUUAGCUCAGCCUAAAAAGAUUAUAUAUUUAUUGUGGGUUGGAAAUUUUAAAGUAGUUCUUCUAUAUUCACAUACAUAAAUAAGUCAUGUUGUUUGUGGAUUGGGAUUGAUUUUGUACUUGAUAGAUGUAUGGAUAUCCAUUUGUGUUUUGUAUCAUUUAAUUUCCAAUAAUGUUAUAUGAGAAUCGACUGUUUUUUUA